AUGCCUCAGCGCCGGCCUUUCCCAUGGGUAGACAUUGUCUGUCCUUGUCAUGAUGAUGAUCUUGUAUCACUGGAUGGUGUCUUUAUUUCCGAUCUUCAUCAUGGUGCUUCGGGUCUUAAUGAAAGCACACCUCGUACCCCUCAAAAAAUUCACGCGCAUACACAUGCGCCGAAGCGACCACGCUCUGCUAUUCCAGCAUCCAUCUGGGAUCCGUUUUCGCGGCAUAAAGUUGAAACGCUCUACUUUUGCGAGCUUUGCCAGGAGAUUCGAUGUCCACGAUGUGUUGAUGAAGAAAUUCUUUGUCUCUACUGCCCUGUGUGUUUAUUUGAAGUCACACCAAGCACUGCACGCGCAGAGGGCAACAGAUGUCCACGGAAUUGCUUUAAAUGCCCUAAAUGCAGUACUUCAGUUAACCCAAGACCAAUUACAGGAACCGUAUCGAAUUCUUCUCUUCUUACAAGUGAUGUGGUAUCACAAGGCUCGGCUCCUGCUUAUUCAUUAGCAUGUACGUACUGCUCAUGGACCUCCGACAUGUCAGAGCUAGUUACUCCAGAAAAAAUCGGUCAUGGUGUUGUGUUUCAUCGUGGAAAAACAGUUCGACAGCAGCUUUCAGGUGUUGAAGGUCGUCUCCAGUCUGACAUUACUAAACGGUUUCAAGAUUUGCGCAAUUUUUAUUUUCAAAAGAGUUUAGAAGAAGGUACAAGAGCUGCAAUUAUUGACGACGAGCUAUUCAAUGGAGGUAGGCUCCGAAAUAUUGCUAGAUAUAAAGAAGUUGACCAAGGUCCUGGUGGAUCUCCAACUCGUGCAGGCUCUGGAAACAAUAGCUCCGGUAGCAAUACCAGUAGUUUGUUGGCGGUGAAUUCCAGUAAGGCUCGAUCUUUUGCAGAGGUUCUAGAAAAGAGAAUUCAAGAAAGGAAUCAGAUUGACAAUAGUGCAGAAAUUUAUGGAAAUAUGGAAGAGGUUGAUGAGUCAACAGAUCGAUACGAAGCAUCAAUUCGCAGUUCACAAAUCACUGACACGUUUAACCAGUAUCGUCGACUGCAGUUGGACCAAGACGGGGAAAACGGUAUAGGAGUAAGUCCAAACAUUCCAGCAUGUCAAAUAAAAGGCACCAUUGAUGUUUCGCAACCUCCGCAUAUUGUCCGUGACCCCCUUGAUAUUAAACAAAGCUUACCUGUUUCACAGCCAUUACAUUCUAAGCGUAUUAAAUUAUGUACCGCUUGUCGGCGUGUACUAGCGAAACCCGAUCUAAAGCCAACAUCAAUACGAUUCAAAAAACGGUUCAUGGCUUAUGACUAUAUCCCCGGACUACGAAUUUCAGAAUACCCGUCAAAAAGUGGAUUUCCAAAAUCACUUGUUCCUGAGAAGCCUUAUACGUUUUUGCUGACAAUUACAAACUCCAUGAAAGUGAAAAUUAAAGUAUCACUAGCAACCAUUUCACGCAGCACAGGUACAGCAGAUUCUGAUGAAGAUUUAUUUGCAAAUACUCCACUACCUGUCAAUUUUCAACUGGGUGCCAUGCCAGUAAGCUCAAAACAGGAAGAUGUGAGUGGGGCGGCCACACUAAAUACUGCUUCUGUCCCAUCUUCGUCUUCGUCAAACUGCUGGAACACUUCAAAUAGAUCCAGGCCGUAUCCACAUAGAGUCACACUCGUCACACCAACGGUAGAGCUUGGUGCUGAUACAGGCGAAUGUGACGAAGUGACCCUGCUACGAGGUGUCCCUGGAGCAUUAAUUGCUCGUGAAUCGGAGUUUUCAAAACGCGUAGAAGUCGAAAGAACCAGUCGUGCUGCUGGUGUUUCUGGUGCAACCCUUACAGGCAUCUAUCAAACAGGCAGUAAUUGGAGCACAGUUGGUAUUGAAGUUGUGCCUUCAUCCCAAACACGAUUUUUAGAAAUCCCGCUGUUUAUCAGUUUUACAUUUCAAGUUCCAGAUGAUGAGGAACGUUUAAAAGAAGGUAAUUCUGACCCUGAACAUUCAUUAAAAGAGCCCCAAUUCAUGUCCUUUGGAUAUUGGUCUGUUCUUGGGAUUGCGCCUAUUGAAAAGUAA